GGCUAGCGCGGGUGGGGGCCGGGAGCAUGAGAGGAGGAUGAACUCUCAGCCAGAGCUGGGCUGGGGGGGAGAGAGCAGGGCUGGCUAUGCAGGGACCUGCCCGGGGCAGCAGAGACUCCAGCAUUCGCAGCAGAGGCCGCGCAACAUCCGCUGCGCUGGGGAAGAUCGCUGCGUGCCGGGAAGGGAGCUCCCAAUUGCAGGGCCCCACCCGCCGCAUACCCCCUCCCCGCCCGGCCAGCCCCGUCCUUUCCCCGCUCCCUCUUGUUAUCCCGCGGCUGGGCCCAGGCCCCUUUACGCCCCCAGCCAACCUCCAGGCGCCUCUUUCUCCCCAGGUUAUAACUCAUCCUGCUGCAGUCCCUACCUCCGCAGCUCUCCUGACCCCGACUAUCCUGGGGGGGGCCUGCCCCCCUCCUCCUCCGCCUACCCAGCUUGCCUUAUUGGACCCCGCUCCGGGGGUCGGGGAGUGGAUCGGUACCACGCCUGUAGCCAGGACCCCCCCAGCUGUAACUCUCUGGUGGUGCCAGAAGAUAGAGGGGACCUCUCUCAGGAUGUUUACGGUGACACGAAAACUUUUGAGUGGAUGAGAGUCAAAAGGAACCUUCCCAGAACAGUGAAAUCAGGAGACUGUGGCUUUGCUGGGGAGACAAACGCAGUCUCCCCCAGGACAAACUUCAGCACCAAGCAGCUGACCGAACUGGAGAAAGAAUUCCACUUCAACAAGUACCUGACCCGGGCCAGGCGGGUUGAGAUCGCCUGUGCCUUGCAGCUCAACGAAACCCAGGUGAAGAUCUGGUUCCAGAACCGCAGGAUGAAGCAGAAGAAGAGGGAGAGGGCGAGUUUCCCUGAGGGAUCAGCUGGCUGCAAUGGACCGGAGUCCUCCUCUGACAAAUCAGACAUCACCUCCCCGGCUACCUCUCCUAGCAGAAGCAACGAGGCUACCACACCUCCAAUCUAACCGAGGUUCUCGCUUUGUUAGAACUUCUGUUCUGAUCUUGGGCAGAGAAACAGCAGAGAGACUUUCCCACCAGAAAAGAUCCACUCAGCCCGUGGCAUUCAUCUUGCUGGGGAAGAGAGAAGGGGGCAGUGCUCCUGGCAAACUUUGCAAUGGACUUGGGGAUGAAAGCACCCCCCAAAAACAUGAGCAGAGACUUCCAGACUCACCACCAUUACCACCACCAAUAGCACAGGUGCCAGCAUUGUGCUGUUAAAUCCGUGUCCUUCCAAUAAAGGCAGGUGUAUAUUAAUGAAUGCCGUGCUUAAAAAAAAAAGCCACUUUCCCCUCAAAAUUCGUAGUGCAGAGGUGAAUAGGUCAAUUUCCCCCCCCCCAAAACAUGAACUUUUUACAAAAAAAUGCAGCCAACGAAAGGUUUUCACGCACUCUCAAUUCUUUCUGAGUAGUUGUGACAUUUUUUCCACUAAAAGUUUCAAUUACAUUUUUAUUCACAAUAUAUGUCUACUUUUUCCACAAAAAAGUUUCUACACCUCUAGUCACAAAAAGAUUACAUUCAUUUUUUCCACAAAAAGGCUCAUUUUUCAUGGAACGGUUCGAUGACCUUUUUUUGCUAGAAGUGUUGACAAAUUUUAUGCUGACAAGUUAUUCCCCCCCCCCCAAAGUUUUGACAUGUGCUUUAUUCACAAUGAGUUUGGAU